UAUGGUAUUGAGUAUAUACGAUUCGAGGGCCUGAUGUUGUAGUCUACCACUACCUGUGUAACUUCCGACUAACCUACGGCUCAACGCAGUGAUUCUCUCCCAAUAUGACCAUAGUCUCAAAUGAUCCCACUUGGUGGCCGACCAUCAAUGCAAAUCGUGUUGGAAGUUAUUUUAUAGUUGCCGCCUUUGUUGGAUUGACAUAUGAUUGGGUACUUACGUUUGGACAGGAGGUCGAAUUGGUGUGGAGGCAACAUUGGUCGCUAAUGACAUAUCUGUAUCUCGGUGCGCGCUACCUUGGAAUCCUACAUGCUGCAUAUGUUCGGAAGGCUUAACAGUCGGUGUCAUGCUAAUCGUCCCUCUCUCAUACUCAGCAUGAAUAUGCUGGGUAUGUCUCCUUAGUACAUUCACUAUCUUUC